GUCACCUCUGCCUUUUGCAGAAGUGAAGAUGGCUGCGUUCAGGAUUGCACGGUGUGCCUUUCAGAGUUCUCGGCUUGCUGGAAAUGCUGAGCUCCCCUGUGUGGUUGCAGGUGGAGGUGGGCACGGACGGCGUGCCCUCUGUUCCCAGAGUCCCGGGCAUCCAGCAGCUGAAAUCAGAAAACCCCAGUUUAUGGAUGAUGAUGUCCAGUGCAUCCUUACCAGAAUAACAGGCCUUGAUCUCGAGAAGGUCUUCAAACCUGUUCAGCAGCAACUGAGACCACCUACGUACAAAUUCAUGACAAAUGAACAGCUUGAGGAGGCUCAUCGGAAAGCUGUGGAAGUGGCUCAAACCCGACUGAAAAUGCCACCAGUACUAAAUGAAAGAGAGCCAAUUCAUGAUGUGUUAGCAGAAGAUAAGAUUCUUGACGGCCUGGAAAUGGCUAAAUAUGUAUUCACAGAUAUAACCUUUGAUAUUCCACACAAAGAACGAUUUAUUGUGGUUAGAGAACCAAAUGGAGUGUUGCGGAAGGCAACGUGGGAAGAGCAGGAUAGGAUGAUCCAGGUCUACUUCCCGCGCGGUGGCCGAAGGAUAGUUCCACCAUCAAUUUUCAAGGAUGAAAAUCUUUCGGUUGUGUUUGCUCAGGAUCGUUAUGAAGAUAUUCUCGAUCUUUGUCUUAUCCAAUUUGAGCCAAAUUCUGCUGAUUACAUUAGGGUCCACCACCAAACAUAUGAGGAUAUUGAUAAAAAUUGCAAGUAUGAUCUUUUGCGUUCAACGAGACACUUUGGUGGAUUGGUGUGGUACCUGGUCAACAGGAGGAAAAUUGAUGGUUUACUAAUCGAUAUGAUUCAAAGAGAUCUAAUAGAGGAUGCCAUAAGCAUGCUUCAUCUAUAUCACAUGGUACACCCAGACUGUCAAUCGUCAAAGGAGGCAAACCAACAGCAAGCCCAGGGUCUUGACCUGAUUAAGAUAUUUUCCCAUACGGAUUCCCAGAAAGGAGGCUACAUUGAAUUAGCUUUGCAAGUUUACCAGGACACGCUGAACAGCUCUGCUAACCAAGAUCCAUGUCGGAAUGAAGAAGGAAAUUAAAAUCAAUCAAUCUGUCUAAUGCAAGAGUUCUGAAUUCAGCUUGCUAGGAACGUGGAGUAACUGAACGUUUAUCAUUUCUAUUCCACUUAUUUUUGGGGAAAAGAAAAUAUUUUCUUUAAAGUAUUGAAAUAUUACAGGUGUUCUAAUGCUUUAAAAAACUGGAAUAUGAGCAGGUUGGGCCAUUAGACUUCUACAAGGAGGACGCAUUUAGCACUGGAGAAUGGUUCCACAGACGGUCUAAGUUUCAACUGAAUCAUCGUGUUGUGUGACUACGGGUGAGAUCACAAUGAAGCCCAAACUUGUCAAGCUCUCGACAAAUAUACAAUAUUUUUGAAACCUAAUUGUAACAAGUGUUAACAUGCUGGCCAAAUGGAUUUUUGCUAAAGCAAGAGCAAGCUAGUCCUGUAGUGAAAUGUGGCAUUUCAUUGUAUAGUUAUACCAUAAAUUAAUCACCCAGGAAAUAUGGAAUAGGUAAAAAGAAGAGGUUGGUACAUUCCCUUUCAUUUUUAAUAUCUAUUCUUUGGAUUGCCUCCAUCUGGAAACACUCAUUAUUGAAGUGAUUUCAAAAUGUUUGCUUUGAACAAUAAUUCACAUGUUGAAAUAUGAGAGUAUGCUGUCUGUAGAUGGAGUGGGAGAGAUUAAAAUUGAAAUCACCCAAGAAAACAUAGGCUACACAUUAACCAUUUUCAGUGCUUUUGAUCAGUAGUACCGUUGACAUUGUAAUAAAAUCAGUGUAAGAGCAAACAAUUGUCCUCAAACACUGAUUGUUUUUCUUAAGAGGAACUUCUUAUAGCAAUAAUUUAAUGGUCCAAUUUUAUUUUUCACUACAUUUGUAAUAAAAUAAGUCUUCACUUAUUGGAGAUGCAAUUUGGUUUUAAUGUUAAAAUUAAUAUAGUCAACUUCUUUUCCAAGUUCAAAUGCAAUACCCAUCUUCUGCAUGAGAAAUGAGUUAAUCAGGGAAUUUCAACUCAUUCUGCAUCAACAAUCAACUUUUGGGAUUAGUGUUCCAUUAAAGGGGGUGAGCCACACGUGCCAGAGUCCCAUGAAAAAUGUAAUUAGUUUUAUUUAGAGUUAAUACAGCACAACAAUACAAACUUAUAUGCAGUUAUGAAGCACUAACUCCACUACUUACUUUACAGGUAUGUCAGUGGCAGCCAUGCAUUCUGAUCUGCUGGUUUGACAACAGUGCCACCUGUUGUUGUGUGGUGCAAAAUGCAUUUCAGAAUGGGCAGCAAGACAGUGACAAUCAGCUCUACCAUUUUAGAACUGUCCAAAGUUGUAAUAAAUUGCAAUAUCCUUCUAAAAGCAAAUGUUGAAUAUUCACUCGUUUAAUAGAAAUUUGGUCACGUUUAAAUAUACUUGGUUUUCAAUUUAAUCAUCCAGGAAUUCUUCAUCCAAGUUAACGUCUGAAGUGUCUAUGUCUUCCAACUCCAAGUUAUCCAAAUCAUCAUCAAGAUCAGUCAGAGACUAGAAACAAGAGAAUGAGAUUAAGACAAAUCUUUUGCACUUCCAGCAAUGUACAGCAAAUCAAAAAUGCUUCAUAUUUCAAAAGUGAAUGGGGCAAGACUUGAGCCUGAUAGAUUCCAGGCAGCUGAUUAAAUCAAAUACAUUUCUUCCAUAUUUAUGAUUGUUUGCUCUCAAAUUUCCCCUUUGCACACACUUGCCAGCAGGGCUAUUACUAAAUUGCAUCUUACACUUCAUUUUCCCAAAAUGUUCUUCUGUAUUAUGUUUCA